CUUUGGAAGUCAGGAUCUUCUAUGAUACAUACAGACAUAUUAUUAAAUUAUGGAUUUGAAGCAUAUUCUUGUGCUGACACUCUGUGUGUUUGUCUAUGUCCUAUCUGAAGAAGAUGAGCCUAAAAAGAAAAAAGGAGCAAAAAAGAAGACUUUUCGGAACAAAUUUCUCCAUGUUUUCAAGAAUGAGAGAUUCCACAUCACAGAUGAAGCCCGAGAUGCUGCUUUUAGGGAGUGCAACCCAUUUGACUUUCGCUACAUCUAUGAUGUAGAGGAUGAUGAUUUUGAACCUGACAACUGCCAUUACAUGGAAUGUGUUGACAAGAAAUAUGAACAGAAGGAAUGUGCUGAUGGCAAGCAAGUCAGUCUGAUGUUUAAGAGAAGGUACGACUUCAAGGGGAGAGGAUCAAGUUCUAAUCCCUGCACACAACCAAGUCAACUAUGUAAGCGGAGUCUGGCAGAUAAAGGAAUAUUACCUAUUGAUGUCAAAAUUUGUGGAAUAGAACUCGUAUUCAAUGUGGACAUAUCCUGCAGUAUUACAAUGGCUGAUAAGAAAAAAGUGCAAAAGUUCAUAUGGCGAGCCGUUAGAUCUCUACCAAUCAGAUCCGUCCUUACACAAGUGGGCAUCCUUACCUUCGCCAAGUCAGUUAUUCCAGUAGCACAUUUAAAUUCAUACCCUAGGAAAAAAAAUCUCCUCAAAGCUGUAGAUGAGAUGCAAUUAGAUGUGCCACAAAGCGAGUGUGGUACUUCAACUUGGCUUGCACUGAAAAAUGCCAGGGAAGAAUAUUUCCAUGAAGAUAAUGGCCUAAGGCCUGAUAGAACAAAAGUCAUGAUUGUUAUCACUGAUGGAGAAACAUGGCCGAAUGAUAUGAAAGAGGAGACUCUUCGUGAAGCUAAGCUCAACCAAGCGGCUGGAAUAAUAUCAUUUGUUAUUGCUUUGCCAAACAUUAAACUACAAGGUCUAGCUGGACAGGACGAAUGGCGGGCUAUAGCGACUGGAGAUGGAGAUGAUAACAUUUUCUAUAUGGAAUCAUUUAACCAGUUGUCCAAAUAUCACAUAUCAGAAUACAAGUACACUAGUAUGUCUAUUUGGUGUUUAAUUACUGUAGUGUGUGUGGCCCUGCCUCCCACUGUUCUAGGAAAUAGAUUUGUACAUAACAUAUUUGAUUUGGUUCCUGGUGGCGUAAGUCAAAAGUUCCACAGAGUUGGUGAACGUGAAGAAUAUGACAAACAAUGCAAUUUACAUGAACCAAACGCUAGGUUCAUGUACCAUAUUCCUGACCUAAAUAUUGAGCCUGAUGAUUGUCACUACUUUGAGUGCGUAGGGCAACAUUACGAGAGAAAGCAAUGUGAAGACGGGAAAAGUGUGAGCGAUAUGAUGAAAUAUAAAUAUAAUUAUACAGGGAAAGGCCAAAACUUUAACCCAUGUACAAAACCUAAUACCAAGUGUAAGAGAACUCUCGCAGACAAGGGAAUAGUGCCACUGGAUGUUAAAGUGUGUGGGAUAGACCUUGUAUUUGCCGUGGAUAUUUCCUGCAGUAUCACAAUGGAAAACAAACAAAUUGUCAAGCAGUUUAUAUAUUCCGCAGCUAAAUUGUUGAGGAUAAGAUCAGUUUAUACUCUAAUGGGAAUCUUAAGCUUUGCCAAAACUGUUUAUCCCGUUGCACAUAUGAAUUCAUAUACAAGAAAAAGACAACUACUGAAUGCAAUAGCAGAUAUGAACCUUGAAAUCAAGGGUGAAGACUGUGGAACAUCUACCUGGCUUGCUCUGAAGAAUGCCAGAGAAGAAUAUUUCCAUGAAGACAAUGGGAUGAGAGAAGGUUAUCAGAAUGUUCUCAUUGUAAUAACUGAUGGUGAAACGUACCCUGCCAACAUGACCUCAGAAACAAAACGAGAAGCUGCAAUAAAUCAUAUGCCCAAAUAUGGUAUCAAAUCGAUGGUAAUCGCUUUACCGAACAUUAGACGCUUCGGAUUGUCGGGGAUAGACGAGUGGCAGGCCAUUGCUAGCGGGGACGGAGAUGAGAAUAUAUUCAACAUGAACUCAUUUCAACAGCUGAAAGAAAGCCUGAAUAUGAUUAUCAAGAGAGCUUGUAAAAUUCUCUAGUUGAUGUUUAGUUCUACAAGAACCCUAAUCCUAAUAUGCAAAUGCAUUGUGAAUGGUAGUGUCACAUAAAUUACCCAAAUGAACAGAGCAAUGCCAUUAAUUCCAUAGUUUUUAAAUACGUUUUUAAUUCAGGUUGAGAAGCAGUACAAUUACAAUAAAUAUUAAAAGUGAAAAAAAGACAAUUGAGCAAGAUUGUACAUAUUAA